CUGCGUCAGUGAGGAUAGUGGUCUCUGUGAAUGCGCGCCCCUGAAUAUCGGAAACAAAUUCAAAGUGUGUGUUAUUUCUCCGAGGACAGAAAUGACACGGCUCAAGAUGUUUUAUAUCAUCGGGGCGCUGCUGGUGACACAAAGCGCCGCCAUCUUCAGAGUCCCCCUUCAUAAAACCAGAAGCCUUCGCCGCCUGAUGAGCGACAAUGGGCUGUCUCUGGAGGAGCUGCGGGCUUUAGCGAGCAGCAGCGGAGCAGCGGACAGCGCCCCCUUCCCCAAACUACCAGUGGAAAGGCUCACCAACUUCAUGGAUGCUCAGUACUAUGGGAUGAUCAGCAUCGGCACGCCCCCACAGGACUUCACUGUGCUGUUCGACACCGGCUCCUCCAACCUCUGGGUCCCCUCCAUCCACUGCUCCUUCUUCGAUCUGGCCUGCUGGCUUCAUCACCGUUACAACUCGAAGAAGUCGAGCACAUACGUGAAGAAUGGCACCGAGUUCUCCAUCCGGUACGGCAGAGGCAGUUUGUCUGGCUUCAUCAGUGGAGACACUGUCUCUGUUGCCGGGCUUCCUGUUCCUGGCCAGCAGUUUGGUGAAGCAGUGAAGCAGCCUGGCAUCACAUUUGCAGUGGCGCGGUUCGAUGGGGUCUUGGGCAUGGCCUACCCCUCCAUAUCAGUCGCUAAUGUCACCCCGGUGUUUGACACGGCCAUGGCUGCCAAGCUGCUGCCACAGAACAUUUUCUCUUUCUACAUCAGCAGAGACCCGACAGCAGCAGUAGGAGGAGAGUUGAUGCUGGGUGGGACAGACCCCCAGUACUACACCGGAGACCUGCACUAUGUCAAUGUCACACGAAAGGCCUACUGGCAGAUCAAGAUGAGUGGAGUUGAAGUUGGCAACCAGCUGACUCUCUGCAAAGCCGGUUGCCAGGCUAUUGUCGACACUGGAACGUCCCUAAUUGUAGGUCCUCUGGAGGAAAUCCGGGCGUUGCACAAAGCCAUCGGAGCUCUGCCCCUGCUGAUGGGAGAGUACUGGAUCGACUGUAAAAGGAUCGCAUCUCUCCCCGUCAUCUCCUUCAACAUUGGAGGGAAGAUGUUUAACCUGACAGGAGAGGAUUAUGUCAUGAAGGAGACUCAGAUGGGUACAUCCAUCUGUCUGUCAGGCUUCAUGGCCAUGGAUAUCCCGCCUCCCGCAGGGCCCCUGUGGAUCCUGGGAGACGUAUUCAUCGGGAGAUACUACACCGUGUUUGACAGGAACGCAGACCGCGUGGGGUUUGCACCCGCCAAGUAGAUAACUGAGCACAGUUUGUGUGAAAUAUGUUGCACUUCUCAUUUCUAGUGGUUUUCUGAUUUUUCACAACAAGCAAAGCUAAAUUUCAUCAUCAAUGUUGCAUUGUUUCAUUUGCAACAUUAAAGCAUUUUAUGUUCCAUCACUUCAAGACCUAGCUCACCAUAUAAAUCUCACAUUUGCUUACAAUAUUGUUUACAUGACACUAGCUGCUGAUGAGCAAGUAUAGAUGCUAUAUUAGCUAGUUCCACAUAUUGGCAACAUGUGUUUUGUGCCACUGAACAAAGGGACUGUUGAAUUCAACUUGUCUUAUAAGCCGCUUUUCAGUUUGAGCUCCAUCUUUGAUACAGCAGCAUUCAGUCAGAGCUUUGCAUUUUUGUUUUUACAGUUUCAUUUUUGUAAUAUAGAUGCUUGAGGGGGUUUGAAGCACAUUUCCAGUUCCCAAUAUUGAAUAACACAUUUGAUUAGGGCUACUUUUGUAUACUGAAACUCUCUAAGGAUGUGUCACCUUUGUGAAUUUUAUUACCAAAUCUCACUGAAUAAAGCUUUAAAUAAAUGUUUUGUCAAAUUUGAA